AUGACUCGCCCGGGCGUGGAUCAGGAGGCGUCAUCGUCGACAUCCAACACCAAAUCUCAAGACGCUAGUGCCUCCUCGUCUACAUCACAGUCGCAGCAGCCGGCACCCGCGACACCACCCACAACUUCUGCCGACUUGCCCACCCCUCCAACCUCUCACAACGACUUUCGUCCCCCUCCAAAUCCAGUCGCUUCCUCGUCCAGGAUCAACAAUGAUGAACAGCUCCCAGACGCCAGCCCCACCACCACCGUCUCGGACAACAUGGGUUCUCGUAGAGCCGCGGCUCGUCUCAGUGGCGGCAGCACUUCCUUUGAUCGCAACGCAGACGACUCCUUCUCUUCUUCCCAGCGUAGAGCGAGCAGACGCUCCAGCAUCGAUCGCAACGACGAUCGUACCGUAGCUGCAGAACGGCCGUUGGAUCGCACCUCGUAUCGCUCCCGCGCCACUCACUCGCCCUCCCGCUCACCUGCUCGCUCUCCCACUCCUUCUCCUAUUCUGGGUCCAGCCUUUGCGGACCACCCUUUCGCUCUGCAUGCACACGACAACGACGAUGCCGACGAUCACGACAUUUUCAAGCUUGGCCAUCUCUCGUUUCCCAUGCUCGGCGUCGGUGUCGGCCCCACCAAGCAUGAGAUCGAGAUGCUCGUCUACGGCUCUUCCUCCGUCGACUCCGCCGACAUUCCUUCGCCGGCAGACGAAUCGGGCAGCCUCGAAACCAUUCUUGGCUCAUUGGCCAACAUGGGCUUGGAUCAACCCACUGAUAGCUCCGUCAGCGAGCGCGAGCGCGAGCUUGCUGGAAUGGUCAAGCUGCUUGCCGACCGAUGCACCACCCUCACCCAGUCACGCGAUCGAGCCCAGACCCAACUCAGAUCCACCCGUCUCACCGCUCUCUCCGUCAUCUCUUCCAUGAAGCAGGCGCAUGCGCACGCCCUUGCUGCCCAUCGAAGCCUGACCGAUCGCCUCGAAGCCGAGUUGGACGGAUGGAAGGCCCAAGCAAAGAUGCUCAGCGCCCUCCUCAAUCGAGCCGAAGCAAAAGGUUUCGAUGAGAGGCCCUCGAGCUCGAUCUCUGCACCUGUCGUCACCUUUGCCGAUAGGGUCAAAGCUGCGGCCGCUCCUGGUACCUCGCCCGCCCACAAUCGCGUCUCCUCGUUCAAAUCCGAUUCCGGCGGCGGCCCCAACGGAGAUACCAACCAACGGCUCCUCAGCAGCCCCAGCUUCCACGACAACAAGGCUUCCCUCACGUCUCCGAGUGCUGCCGGUCUUGGCAUCUCGAGCUCGGGUCUCGCAGAGGUCGACACCGAUCUCUCGCCUACCGCUUCACUCAUCCGUGAGAGGAACAAGCUGCUCACCGACAAGAAGCACCUCAAAUCUCGUGUCAGGGAUGCAGAGGCACAGGUCUACAAGCUUGAGAGCGAGCUCAAGGCUCUUCGUCCUUAUCUCGUAUCGGGCGGCAUCAAGGCUACUGACCUCGCCACGGCCUCUUCUGACGCCGAUGCACUCGGCAGCCAGACUCCAGGCGAUCUCAGUCAACCCGGUACCGCGCCAACCACCCCGAGCCGCUCUGGCGGUCGCAGAGACAAGAGCAGAAAGAAGCGCAAUGUCACUAUGGGCGAUGCAGAGACCGAGCACCUCAUGCUGGCGGCUAGAAGGCUCCGUGAGCUGCGGAAGGAGCAAGCUGCUGCUGCAGCUGCGGCCUCCGGCUCAUCCGCCGAGUCCAGCUCCCUACCUGGUUCGCAAGAGUUUGUUCAGCAACCUCUCGGUGCUACAUCCGAUGGCCAGGCUCUUGCACCUGCCGCCGAGCUCCAUGGCCCCGUGUCGCAUGCUUCUCCCGUCAAGCGACAAGCCAGCGAGGGACCUAUGGCCGCAGAUCAAGAUGGGCCCUAUGGCGUUGGGCCUCGUACGCCGCCUUCCAGGUCAGCAGAGCGACCGCCCAAGACCCCCAAAUCUAUCGCCAGCAUUCCUAACACCCCACGUACAGGCGUCCGCGCUCGCGAACUCGAUGAGCUGACUCGCGGCGACGAUCGACGCGACGGCUGGUCGGGACGUCAUCGCAGGCUCGAUUCAGCAUCCUCCUUCACCGGUAUCGACGAGCUCCUACAGGCCGCCGAAACGCUCAACCCGGGCGCCGCAGCUCCUUCGCCCAACAUGCGCGCUGGCAGACCCGCACCGCCCUUUCCGCCUCCCGGCGGCGACCCGAGCUACCACCCCAGAGAGCCUGUUCACCGCGGCUUGGGCUAUCCUCCGCCGCUCUCCGUUGUCGCUCCUCGCGGUGCCGACUAUGAUGCCUAUGGGUACAGCGCCGCGCCGUAUCCCAUUCAGUCGAGCCCACUUCGGAUGGCUCACGAGAGCCCCAAGCGUCGUCGAGUGUCGUCUGCUGCCUUCGACUUUGAGCCUUAUGGGUCGCCCUUCCUUGGCGAGCGCCAGCCUCGUGGUCGUACGCAGACCGAGGGGGCCGAUCCUUUUGUGCAAGGCCGCCCGUACCACGACUAUGCACCCAGCGGUCCACCGAGCGCCGUUGGCAGCCAGACUCUUAGUGCGCUUGACCUGCUCGCAGACCAGGCCACUGCGAGCCAGAACCCUUCGCAGGGUAGUGAUAAAUCUGGCGAGUACGAGGGCGUCAGUCCAAUUGGAAGUCUGAGCAGCGAAGACGAAAUGGCCAUGGAUGGCGAGACACGACGAAAGUCUGGGACGCGACUUACCUCUUCGCGAGCGCACGACGGUGCUCGCAGCUCCAAGACCAACGGCUCGCAAGCUUCUUCCCGCAAUGGCGAGGGCAAGAGCUUUGGCGGCAACCAGAACCCUGAAAAGAGGCUGCCGUAUGUACGAUGGACCUCGGAGGAGGAUACGAAGCUGCGUGCUGCGAUCAAAGAGCACGGGCAGCGUUGGGAGCUCAUCUCGCGUGCUGUCGGCACCCGAUCCUACCACCAGUGUCGUCAGCGCUACUUGCUCAUGCGACGCAAGGAAGCAGCUGCGAAAGCCAACGGCGACGACAACGACGGUGGCCAGGGCCUUUCGGCGUCGGCCUCGGACCAGCAAUCGCAAGAAUCUGACUACGGUCAGGAUGUCAACCCGGAAAGCUCGAGCGGACGCAGGAAGAGCGUCUCGCGCCCCCGACGUGCCUCUCGGGGAGCAGGCGAUGCGUACGCUGCCGAACAGGGAGUCACGUCGACGCCGCUUCAUAAGCUGUCGAUUGGUGCACCCGCUCCCGCUGGAAGCGUCUACGGCCAAUUCUCGCCGACGAGUCGACAAGAAGUGUUUGCACCUUCAUCACAGACACCCACGCACAGCAGGAUCAUGUCGCAUCCUCACGCUGCAGGCCCGCUGUCGCCGUCGAUGCAGCCCACGUCGCCUUACUCCGCUCAGACGCCGUCUGCGGUGAGAAGGGGCCCUUAUCCGCCACCGUCGCCGCUGUCGACGGCCUCGAGGCAGCUGCCGCCGCUUCAACCGCCUAAUCCUGGUUUCAUGUCGCAAGGUCCACCGUCGAGCCCGCAUUCUGCGGGGGGACAUAGGAGGCAGUUUUCGGGUGAGGCGAGACCUGGGGUUACUGCAGCUGCUGGAGGACCACCGCCCGAGCCCACGACGCCGACGUCGUCCGCAGCGAGGAGGAUGGGUGCUGCUCUUUACAGCUAA